AAUUCUGAUGACUUUGGGGAUGGGAAUUGAUUUCUACCUUUGAUUUUGAAACUUUCCUUUCGUUGUACGUGAUUAUCGUUCUUCCCCAAAAAUUUUAACCAGAAAACGAUAAACUGAUCAUCUUCAUGAUGAUGAUAAGAAUAAAUUAAAAUGAGUUACUAAGGUAAAUGUGAGUGAGAAUGAGAGAGAAGAAGAGAGUCUUGGAAAAGGAUAAUUGUGAGACAAAUGAUUAUAUAAAUAGUCCCGAUUCUCGGUGUAAGUUAAUCAGAACCAAUUCCAUCUUAAAACCUCCAACAACAAAGUUAAUUGAAUCUCUUGAUUUUCAAAUAGCAAACAUGAAUUUCGUAUCAGCUUUGAUCUUUGCCUGUGUCUUCGCAUGUGCCUCAGCUCAAUUCGGAGUUAAGGGUGGUUCCUCUGUUGGCUCUGUCGGAGUCCGUGGUAGUCCAUUCGUUUCACGACCAUUCCCUGGUUCAAUCCAAGAGAAAAAAGAUCAAUUAGCUAAUGUUGACGAGGUUGGUGGACCUUCCACCGUCGGUGGUUCAACUGGUUCCAAUGGUGCUGGUUUUGUUCAACCCGCUGGUCAACCUGAAAAUGUUGUCACCUUUGUCCAAGAGCGACCAACACAAAGCAUCCUAGUCCCUGCUUCUGGUUCCGUUUCCUCUCUUCCCGCUGUUGGUCAAGUCUCAACCUCAGUCGGACCACAAAGUCAACUUGUCCAAACAGUCCAACCAGUCCAAUCUUCAUUCGCCUUCCAACCAGUUCUUCCCGCUCCCGCUGUUGGUCAAGUUCAAGUUGCCCAAGUCGCUCAACCCGCUAUCCAAUCAUUCCCAUCAGCUAAAGCUUUCCAACCAAAUGGAUUUUUCUUUGACAACCGACAACCCGCCCAAUUCCAAUUCGGUGCUGCUCCAGUAAACCCAUCAUUCCCAAACUUUGCCCAAAACAUUGUUCACUUUGCACCUCAACCCCAAUUCUCAGCUGUUCCAGCUUUCGCUUCAAACGGUUUCGCCUCAAGCGCCUUCGGCCCAAAUGCCUUCGCUCCCGCUACCUUCGGACCAGCCGUCGUUGGUAAAGUUGGCAAACAAUUCGUAGCCCCAAACGUUGUUCCCCAACCCGCUCCAGUCCAAAGCUUCCCAGCCUUCCAAUCAUUCCCCGCUGGAUUCGCCCCAGUCCAACCUGUCACCACUCUCUCAAACGGAUUCACCGUUCCAUCCGUCUCCACCUCUGGCCUUCCAGUCCCCGCUUUCCCCAACCAAGUCGCUCCAACUUUCGUUAACAAGCUCUCCACCGAUAACAAAAUCUCAUCAGGUUUUGGUUCCGUUCAACAAGUACAACCCUCAGUUAUCAGCCAAGAAAAACAAUCAGCUGAAACAGUACAAACUACUGAAUGGUAAAAAAUAUCAACUAUCAACACAAUCAAAACUAAAUUACAACAAUCAAACAAUUAAAAUGCUCCUUCACCCCUACAAACCACAAAUCAACAGCCACCAUCACAUAAAAACUAAAAUCAAAGAUCCUCAAAACUUUUCAUCCACAUCCAAAUACUCAAAAACCAACAAACAAACAAUUUAGGAAAUUAAUUAAUUACAAUUAAUAUAAAUAAGCAAAACAAAAAUGAACAAAAAAAAUUUAUAUCCAAAAAUUCAAUCAAUAAAAUAAAUUUGAUAUAAAAUCAA